AUGGAACAGAUUGAGGGGAGAUAUCGAGCAAACAGGAUAUUCUAUCUUUCUGUUCCACAAGAAGCAUUUCUGGACGUUGCUUUCUCAAUUGCUGAUAAUGCCAAAACAAAGAAGAGUUGGAAUCGUAUAAUAAUUGAGAAACCUUUUGGAUUUGAUGCGUUUUCUUCUCAAUGGGUUAAAAAAUCCCUUAUUUCUAAGUUUGAGGCGAAGCAAAUUUACAGGAUAGAUCAUCGCCUUGGGAGGAACCUUAUUGAAAACCUCACAGUAUUAAGGUUUCCAAAUCUAGUUUUUGAACGAUUGUGGAGUCGGACAUACAUCCGUAAUGUGCAGGAGUCCGAACUUCGAACUAAAGAUCAAAUAGGUUUACAACUAACAUUUUUUUAA